UCAAGUUCCUCUUCUCAAACUGACACAGCCUUAAGACCUCAGAACUCAGACCUCUCCUUCCAUUUGUGUGUUCAUACGAGCAUGACAAUGGAUUGGAUAAUACCCCUUUCAUUCUACUUAUCAGUGCCUCAAGGUGCUUUGUCUUUUAACAUUGACCCAGUUGCUUGGAAGUAUGUCAGCGAACCUGCUGCUGGGUUUGGAUACAAGGUGGUACAGAAUAACCCAUCAAGCUUGCUUAUAAGUGCCCCCCUGGAUCAGUAUAAGCAAAAUAGGAGGGGACAAGUUUACCGAUGUCUGGUCAGAGAUUCAUCUUGCAUACCAUUGUCAAUACGAGAGCCCAGUCAUGGGAUCAAUAUGUCUCUUGGUUUGUCAAUGACAAAGGAUCCCGAGUCACUAAACACCAUGGUAUGCGGACCAACCAUCCCAAGAGAGUGCAAAUCCAUCACCACCUACAAUGGGAUGUGCUUUGAAAUUGACCAAAGUCUUAAUGUGAAACAACCUGUCCCUUCAUCUCUGGAAGAAUGUCCUGGACAAACAGACAUAGCCUUUCUAUUGGAUGGGUCAGGAAGUGUUAACAAAUUUGAUUUUGAAAAAAUGAAAGACUUCGUGAAAGAUCUGAUCAGGGAAUUUCUGGAAAGGGAUACUAAGUUUGCAGUUGCCCAGUAUUCAGGCUAUUGCACUAUACAUUUUGACUUAAAUACGUUUAAUGUCAUGAAUCGGGAUUAUCAAGUGAAUAGUAUUGCUCAACAAGGUGGAGGGACUUACACGGCAGCAUCCAUGAUAAAAGUUGUCCAAGAGGUCUUUUCAACGAGUAGAGGAUCCAGACCAAAGGCAAAGAGGAUCAUGAUAGUCAUUACAGAUGGACAAUCACAUGACAGCGGGAUGCUGAAAAAUGCAGCCUCUGAGGCUGAAGCCAAAAACAUUAUUCGAUUUGCCAUUGGGGUGGGCAGAGCCUUUUCUUCUUCCUCAGCAAGAAAGGAGUUAGAAACAAUUGCCUCCUCUCCACCAAGCAACCACAUGUUUCAAGUGGACAGCUUCCAAGCACUUGGCCAAAUCAGGGAUACAUUACAGAACAGCAUUUUUCCUAUUGAAGGAUCUCAGACUACUGGGGACUCUAUUAAGAUGGAAAUGGCCCAGGAGGGAUUCAGUUCAGCAUACAUUCCUACGAGAGGAUUCCAGAUGGGAGCUGUUGGAGCCUUCCAAUGGAGCGGGGCUUACCAGGAAUACACAGGGAGCACUUUCUACCCUACACCACAACAGAGUCAGAACAUGGAACCAGAUAGCUAUAUGGGGUACUCCAUGGCAGUUGCUACGACACACACUCGCCAGUUUACCAUUUUAGGUGCUCCAAGAUUUAAACACACUGGACGAGUGGUGGUUCUUCCGUCCAGAAACACAGACAAGCCGAUAGAAUUUUCUGGACAGAUUGGCGCUUAUUUUGGUGCAGAGGUCUGUGCAAUGGAUGUGAAUAAAGACUCAUAUAGCGACCUAGUCCUCAUAUCAGCUCCGAUGUUCACGGACAGAGACAGAGAGGGCAGGGUAUAUGUCUGUACCAUCAAUGACAGGUCUGGGGUGGUCUGUCAAUUAAAUGCUGAGAUGACACUGGUGGGGGAUGCAGGACAAAUGGGCAGGUUUGGAACUUCUCUUGCCCCACUGCCUGACCUGAAUAAGGAUGGAUUUAAUGAUUUAGCAGUCGGAGCACCUCUAGAGAACGAUGGUCAAGGAAGUGUCUACAUAUUCCAUGGGACGAGUAGUGGAAUCAGCAAAAUCAAAUCUCAGAAAAUUUCAGCCUCAGAUGUACAGUCUGGAUUAAAGUAUUUUGGACUGUCCAUCAGUCAGACUUCCCUGGACAUGAGUUUGGAUUCUCUCCCAGAUUUGGCUGUGGGAUCAAAGGGGGCUGUUCUCUUACUCAGGUCCAGGCCUAUAGUAACAUUGAUGGCACGAGUUUUCUUCAACCCACCCAAAAUCCCCACCAACCAGGUGGACUGCAGUACACCUCUGAGAAACAUUGCUAAAGUCUGUUUCACCAUGACCAGACAAACAACAGACACAAAAGAUCUUCAAGCAAAGAUUAACUAUACUUUAACUCUGGAUGUGACCCGCCAAGCUCCAAACUAUCGUGCUUAUAUCCUUCCAAAGAUACGGGAGGAAACGAACACUUUUACAUUAAGACUUCAAGAGCAAUGCUUCUCUCAUAACUUCUUUAUUGAGGCUUGCCCAGAGGACUCCCUCAAUGAACUGUCCAAUGAACUUGACUUCACAUUUGAAGGGUUGCCAACAUCUCCUGGUGGCCUCAGCUCUAGCCUUUCCCCGCAGUCUCCGACUGCAACAUAUCAUCCUUUAGGUUUUGAGAUCAACUGUGGCGCUGAUAACAACUGCAUUGACAACCUGAAAGUGGAUUUUAAUUUCACUAGGAGUUCAGAGGUGAGGGUUGGCAUAGAUGAGGUGAUAAAUGUGACAGUGUCAGUCGAAAGCAGGGAAGAGAACUCUUACAACAGCCACGUUAUUCUCAAAUACCCUGCAGGACUUUCAUUCAGGAAGUUCACCAUACUCCAGGGAAGAGUGGAGUGUAACUCAUCAGACAGUGUGGGAAAUGUAAUGUGGGGACAAAGUGACUGCACCAUUGACAAGCCAAUCUUCAAAAGCGAUUCUAAGGCUCUCUUAGUAAUUUCCUAUGGGAUUGAUAGAAACAGUCAAUUUGGCCAAAUGAUGACAUUCACUGCAAAUGCCUCAAGUGGAAAUGCACACUCGCCAAAGAGUGAGCUUUCCAAAGUGAAAGAGAUUGGUGUGAAAUACAGCAUUUUUGUUGUGAUUAAAAGAAAUGAGGAUUCAACCAGUUAUGUUAAUUUCACUGCUGGGAAAAAUGAUUUGCAGAAACAUGUGAAACAAUCAUUUGAGGUUGAAAAUUAUGAAAGAGGCUUCAAUCUUACUGUGAUAAUCAAGGUGCCAAUGAAGCUUGGUGACAAAGACAUCUGGGCUGAUCCAAAUGGUAUACAGAUUCAAGGUUGUCAAAGACACAAGAAUGAGGAACCUUCUGCCACAGACUUUGUGGACCAGCUGCAGAAAAAUCAUGCUGUGGACUGCUCUGUCGCAAAUUGUGGGGUGUUCAUGUGCAAAAGCUUCAUUCGAAAUUUGGAUCGUAACUCUUAUAACAUCACUGGUAACCUCAGCUCUCAAUGGAUAGAACAGAUUGGUCUUGAGUCUGCCCAGUUCAACUUGGUCAGCAGUGCCACUGUAGAUUAUGACAGAAACCAAUACAUCUAUUAUUCUUCGGACUCCAAAAAUAACCCACCUAUACAAAAGAUUGAAACUCAGGUGGAGGUGUAUCCUGAGGUUAACUUCACAAAGGGGGUCAUUGGGGGUGUUGUGGGAGGUCUGCUGCUGUUAGCUUUGAUCACAGCUGGGCUUUAUAAGGCUGGGUUUUUCAAAAGCCAGUUGAAGGAGAUGAUGCAGAAUACAACAGAAGAUGGACCAGGGGGUGAUGGAGAAGCUGCCUCGCCUGAAUAACAGCAAACAAUUGGACUUGCUCACUGAAUGUGUACAAAUAUUAAAGAGGAAGUUCAGGAUUUUACAACUUGAUGUUAGAUGGUUCCUCACCGAAAAAGUAGUCUAUGGGUCAGGAAAAUCAGUAAAUCAUGGUUCGGUUUUCUUUAAAUCUACUACAAACUUCAGCUAACUUGAGCCACUGCUAACAAAAAAACGAUGCUCGUGAUAGAUGCAAUCGUGCAAUUUAGAAAUGUUAUCGGCCAAAUCAACUACAUAGUUGGUUUUUCGUUACUUAAUAAACUUUUACCGCAUAAUGUUACCAUGUGGCAACAUAUCAUUUAUCUUUACCCCCUUACUUCCCUAAAUGAAAAAAAUACACCAUGGCCUUUUAACUAGAUAAUAACUAGCUACCACGCACAUAACUAGCUAAGAGCUAGUUAUUCAUUUGCUCCACAAAUGAUUCUCAUAAAACAAUCAUCUUUACAUCUCCCCUUCCCCCCCAAAAAGAUAACAUUUGGCCAAGACAACAUACGACUUUAUUUACAUAUGCAUGGAAAAUACAAUUAGUUCUAUAUGUAUAAUAUUAUAAUAUCCAUUACAUAAAUAUAUAAUAGGGCUAGAUUUAAUAGUUGUUUUAAGAAAACAUAUUUUCAGAUAGUGUGAAUGAAUAAAACAAUACAAUUAUAAUUCAAACACCUCAUUUUUAUUAGAAAACCCAAAUAUUCCUGAUAUUAGUAUAAGAGUAUUACCAGUGUUUCGAUAUGGCAACAUACAGUUAAAUAAAACUUUAAAAUAUAUUUUUUCAAACACUGUUCUACAUUUGUUUAUUUGAGGCCAUUUAAAGUGAUAAAAAUGGAAGUGAUAGGGGGCAUGGUUCUAUAAUCAUGCGUGCAGUAAAGGGUGAUUUGGCCAUUAUAAAUCAUUUGCACAAUUCCCACUAUCACUUCCAUCCAAUUUGUAAGUCGCUCUGGAUAAGAGCGUCUGCUAAAUGACUUAAAUGUAAUGUAAUGUAAAUGUAAUUGAUUGUUAGCUAACAGUGGCUAAAUUUAGCUGAAGUUUGUAGUGUGUGACCACUGCAUUUAAGCUGGUACAACAUUGACAUUUUAAUUUAAUUAACAUUUUAACUUCCCAUUAUUACCAACAAGAUGGCCACCGGUCCACCCCUGUUGAAUGUUAACUUGAAUGGGAAUGUCUAUUCUAUUAUCUAUAUUUCUGUGAUUUCAAUAGGUUUCCUAUGGAAGAUUGACAACAGAAUUUAGAAUAAUGGAUAUUGCCAUUCAAGUCAACAUUCUUUGAUGGGUGGACCUGCAACCAUGUUUGUGGUACCAUUUGAAAGAUACAAUUUCAAUUUUAUUCACAUUUUAGUAUGUAUGGAAAAAUAUGUAUGGAAAGAUUAUUUCAAAUCAAAAGAGGUCAAAAUGCACCAAAGCAUAUGGAUCAACUCAGAAAGUUAUUGUAAAUAAAAAGUUACUGCCUAUAACUAUAAACUAUCUGCCUAUAAGAUACUGUAAAAUGCUCAGUAACCCCUUUACAGUGCCGUUCUUCUCUAUUGUCGCAUGCUCUUACAAAGACUGCAGAAUUGGUAGUGGACAAAAGAGGUGCUCAACCUCAAUUAACAUAACCAUAGACCACUUAAACUGGUGCAACACUUCCACUAACUAACAAAUACAUAUUGUAGACAACGCCCACAAAUAUGCUAAUAGGGAGCCCCCUGCCAGUUUUUUUUUUUAUUUACAUUUUACCUUCAUUUAACUAGGCAAGUCAGUUAAGAACAAAUUAUUAUUUUCAAUGACGGCCUAGGAACAGUGGGUUAACUGCCUGUUCAGGGGCAGAACGACCUUGUACCUUGUCAGCUCGGGGGGGUUGAAAUUGCAACCUUACGGUUACUAGUCCAACACUCUAACCACUAGGCUACCCUGCCGCCCCAGUACAUUGCCUCCACCUACAAUUCAAAGUGCAUAGAUGAUUGCACCUUGUAUUCAAAACAUUUUUAACCAUUACACUAGAUUACCCAUAAAAGUUACAAAACAGUGCCAUUGUAACGGCGUUCGUCUGUUGAAGGAAGAGAGUCGGACCGAAAUGCAGCAUGUUGGUUACUCAUGACUUUAAUGAAAUGAAUCGCGGUACAUGCAAUAACUUAUAAAGACGAAAACAACAAACGGAACGUGAAACUUAUUACAGCCUAUCUGGUGAACACUACACAAAGACAGGAACAAUCACCCACGAAAUACAAAGCGAAACUAUGGCUCCCUAAAUACGGUUCCCAAUCAGAGACAAAGAGAAUCACCUGACUGAGAAUCGCCUCAGGCAGCCAAGCCUAUACAACACCCCUAAUCAGCCGCGAUCCCAAACAAAACAAACCCCAAUACGAAAACAACAAUUAAACCCAUGUCACACCCUGGCCUACCCAAACAUAUAACAAAAACACAAAAUACAAUGACCAAGGCGUGACAGCCAUGUGAGUACCUCUGAAGGUGCCUUAUGUGUAUAUUUUACCUUUAUGUACCCCAGGGAACAACACUGUACCCUAACCAUACCCUUAUUAUGUUCUUGGUAAUAAAUAUGUACCUGGUGGCAAUGCAGAAACAUCAACACACCUCUGACCAAGAGGUUGCAAGUUCAAAUCCCCACAGCAUAUAUUCAUACUUUACAUUAAGUGUCCCAGAGCCCUGCUAUUUUUUAUGUUGGUGUUGUCAGAUAAUCUUACUUUGCCCACCCCCAAUGUCAUACCCAGAGACCUGGUCCUGAAGCAGGUAAUUCAGGUCGCUGGCAACCUAGAGGUUGCAGUAAAAAUACAGUAAAUAUCAUCAUUUACAAGUUAUUUUAGGGCAAUAACACCCUAGUAAAUUGUAUAUUUACUGUAUGUUUACUGCUACUCAGUAGCCAGUGUUUACUGUAAUAUAUAAUAAUUAUAGAUAAUUUAUAACAGUCUGAGAAACCUUUAACAAAGUGCAGAAAUGUAUUCUUUCCAAUAAAUCUGUGGCUAAUCGCUGCCAUGCCCAAAAAGCAGAACAUUUCUGGUUGUAAGUUCAAAUCCCAGGAGAGGUUGAAUCCCAAAUGUACUUUUAACAUCUUAAUUCAGGUGUAAAAAACAUAUUCAAAAAUAUUGUAAUUUCAGAUGUUUGAAGCUUGUGUACAAAAAUGAAAGUUAAAGAUGCAAAAACAAUGCUUAAGAAUGGGACGCAUAGAAAUAGCACACAUGGAACACAUCUAGCACUUCUUAGACUUGCUUUCAAUGAUAAUGACAGAUCUAUAACUCACAUUUCUAUGUGAAUUUGGUCAGGUCACCCAAAAGGUUACAUAUUGCAGCUUUAAAUUAGGAAUCUUGCAGCUUUAAUUUAAUUUUAACAUUUCUUGUGAAACCUUCUGGUAUUUGUAUGGCACAGACAUUGUGCUACAUAGUAAAUGUUUGUUUUAUUGUUCUUCACAUUUAAUUGACACAGUGACUAGAUAGCUUGCUUUAAAUUCAUCCCCUAUUCUUGUGCUACUGGGAAACCAAUGAUCAUGUUCAUAAUUCCCUCCAAUAACGAAUGAAUCCAAUCUUCCAACUGGCAAGAUAUCCAUCUGUUUGUUGGAAGAUUGGAUUUGUUUUUGGACAUGAUCUUUGGUUUCCAAUUUGCACAAAGAUAGGGGAUGGAUUUGCAAUAGCUUAGAGCUUACAGAACAUGUCAUGAGUUAGUUUAGUCUAUUGAAACAUACCAAGCAUGACAAUAAAUGUAAAUAUUUCUACAAAAUAAACUGCCAAAAAAAGCUAAACAUUUCUUGCAUUUAUGAUAAAUAAUCAUUUUCACAUGUAGUUUGAUUUAACAAUAUACAAUUAUUAUAUUUAACAGACAACAUCAGUAAAAUAAUAGAAUGUAUGGCAGCUUAUGUUCGUUGUGUACUUUACAGCUGUACAACUGAUGUUAAACAUGGUCGUUUUGGAGCAGUGACUUCUUCCUUGCUGGGCGGCCAUUCAGGUUAUGUCUAAAUAGGAUUUGUUUUAUUUUGGAUAUAGAUACUUUUGUGCCUGUUUCCUCCAGCAUCUUCACAAGGUCCUUUGCUGUUGUUCUGGCAUUGAUUUGCACUUAUCGCACCAAAGUACGUUCAUCUCUAGGAGAAAGAACACGUCACCCACCUUUCUGAGCGGUAUGACGGCUGCGUGAUCCCAUGGUGUUUAUAUUUGCGUACUAUUGUUUGUACAGAUGAACGUGGUCUGGUUCAUCCCAAGGAUGAACCAGACUUGUGGAGGUCUACAAUUUUUUCCUGAGGUCUUGGCUGAUAUCUUUUGAUUAUCCCAUGAUGUCAAGCAAAGAGGCACUGAGUUUGAAGGUAGGCCUUGAAAUACAUCCACAGGUACACCUCCAAUUGACUCAAAUUAUGUCAAUUAGCUUAUCAGAAGCUUCUAAAGCCAUGAAAUCAUUUUCUGGAAUUUUCCAAGUUGUUUAAAUGCAAAGUCAACUUAGUGUAUGUAAACUUCUGAUCCACUGGAAUUGUGAUACAGUGAAUUAUAAGUUAAAUAAUCUGUCUUAACAAUUGUUGGAAAAAUUACUUGUGUCAUGCACACAGUAGAUGUCCUAACCGACUUGCCAAAACUAGUGGAGUGGUUGAAAAAAUGAGUUUUAAUGACUCCAACCUAAGUGUAAGUAAACUUCCUGACUUCAACUGUACAUGAGUGUCAUCGGCAUAUAGAUUAAUUUAUACUUUCUUACCUCAUCACCGAUAUUGUUUUUGUUGAGAGUAAACAUUAAUGAACCAAGUAUAGAAACGUGUGGCACCCCUUUAACCAACUCCAAUGGCUCUGACUAGAUGCCGUAGACUCUAACAGCCUGACUUCUAUCCUUUAGCUAGUCAUGAAACCAACUACAGGCAUCCGAUCCCAGUCCUAUUGACGACAGCUUAGUGUCAAAAGCUUUAGAAAAAUCUAUGAACAAAGGGGGCACAGUACUUUCAAUUAUCUAGGGCAUUAGCAAUAUCAUUUACAACACGUAUAAUGGCCGUAGUGGUACUGUGUUUAGGUCUGAAGCCAGAUUGAUUGCUAGAAAGAGUAUUGUUAACAGUUAAAAAUGAUUGUAGUUGCCUAUUCACCAGAAUUUUUGCCAAACAGGAGAGCUUAGAGAUGGGACAAUAAUUAUCCAAUUCACGACCAUUCUCCUCCCUUGAGGAGUGGUAAAACAAAAUAUGUUUUCCAAGCUUUAGGAAUCUUUCCUACGACUGUUUGAUUAAAGAUGUUUUUUUUACACGACAGAAAUUAGUUGUUCCGUCUUCUGCCUCUAGGUCACCAGGCUGCUCGUCAGGGCGCACACCUGUCACCAGCAUUAAGAGCAUAAUGACACUCACCUGGACUCCAUCACCUCUGUGUUUAUCCUGCCCUGUAUAUGUCACUCCCGUUGGGUUUUUCCCCAGUCAUCAUUGUUGCUGUUUCAUGUCAGUGCGCUCUUUGUGUUUCUUGUUUUGUUAUUUUAUUUAUUAAAUGUAUUCACUACCUGAACUUG